AUGUCUACAACAAAACCAAUGCAGGUGUUAGCCCCGGACCUUACUGAGACACCAAAGACAUAUUCGUUAGGUGUCCAUUUGGGGAAAGGCAAGGACAAACUCCAGGAUCCGACAGAACUCUACUCGAUGAUCCUAGAUGGAAUGGAUCACUCACAGCUCAAUUCUUUUAUUAACGAUCAGUUGAACUUGGGAUCAUUGCGCUUGCCGGCGAAUCCUCCUGCUGCAAGUGGUGCUAAACGGGGUGCAAAUGUCAGUUCUAUCAACAUGGAUGAUUUACAAACGUUUGAUUUCAACUUUGAUUACGAACGGGAUUCAUCGCCGCUAGAAUUGAACAUGGAUUCUCAAUCUUUGAUGUUUUCCUCUCCAGAGAAAGCUCCCUGUGGCUCCUUGCCGUCUCAGCAUCAGCCUCACUCUCAGGUCGCAGCCGCACAGGGAACUACCAUCAAUCCAAGGCAGUUAUCCACAUCUUCUGCCAGUAGCUUUGUAUCUUCGGAUUUUGAUGUUGAUUCACUCCUGGCAGACGAGUACGCUGAGAAACUAGAAUAUGGAGCCAUAUCAUCUGCCUCAUCUUCCAUCUGUUCGAAUUCUGUUCUUCCUAGCCAGGGCGUAACUUCGCAACAUAGCUCUCCUAUAGAACAGAGACCUCGUGUGGGAAAUUCCAAACGCUUGAGUGAUUUUUGGAUGCAGGACGAAGCUGUCACUGCCAUUUCCACCUGGCUCAAAGCUGAAAUACCUUCCUCCUUGGCUACGCCGGCUCCUACAGUCACACAAAUAAGUAGUCCCAGCCUUAGCACCCCAGAGCCAAGGAAGAAAGAAACAAAACAAAGAAAGAGGGCAAAGUCCAUAGACACGAAUGAGCGAUCUGAACAAGUAGCAGCUUCUAAUUCAGAUGAUGAAAAGCAAUUCCGCUGCACGGAUUGCAGUAGACGCUUCCGCAGAUCAGAACACCUGAAACGACAUCAUAGGUCUGUUCAUUCUAACGAAAGGCCGUUCCAUUGUGCUCACUGUGAUAAACGGUUCUCAAGAAGCGACAACUUGUCGCAGCAUCUACGUACUCACCGUAAGCAGUGA